CAUCAACGAGCAGCAUUUUGACGUUUCUUGGUGCAGUGGAGAAAUUAGUGCAAUCGUCACUGGAGGUUUACGGUUUUGUUUUACGUUUUAAAGGGUUUCUCCAAGUUUUACUCGGAUUCCACCGGAUCCGAUAGCCACCGGGGACGAUGAUCAAAGCGAUACUGGUGUUCAACAACCAUGGGAAACCACGGCUGUCCAAGUUUUACCAAUAUUUUAAUGAAGACAUGCAGCAGCAGAUAAUCAAGGAAACAUUCCAGUUGGUAUCCAAACGGGACGAUAACGUGUGCAAUUUCCUCGAGGGUGGCAGCCUAAUCGGUGGAUCAGAUUACAAGCUUAUCUACCGGCAUUACGCCACCCUGUACUUUGUGUUUUGUGUGGAUUCAUCCGAGAGUGAGCUCGGCAUUCUGGACCUGAUACAGGUGUUUGUCGAAACGUUGGACAAAUGCUUCGAGAACGUGUGCGAGCUGGAUCUGAUCUUCCACGCGGACGCCGUGCACCACAUCCUGUCGGAGCUGGUCAUGGGAGGGAUGGUCCUGCAGACGAACAUGGCCGAUAUUCUGGCCCGGAUCGAGGACCAGAACAAACUGCAGAAACAGGAAGCGGGACUUUCGGCUGCCCCGGCGCGAGCCGUCAGUGCCGUCAAGAGCAUGAAUCUGCCGCAACAGAUAAAGGACAUUAAAUUACCUGAUCUUCCCCAAGCUAUCAAGGAUCUGAAAUUCUGACCAAACACGAACUUUGAUACGUCGUUACUCACCAAGAUAGCCUCCGACUCGUCCUACAUUCCAAUCAGCAGCAGUGGCCUAGAUGGGUUCAACUUCGAAUCGUACCAAUCGGAACAACCACUGGCACUGGUAGCAAGUGAGAAACAGCAGCAGAAAUCCCGACGAAAAAUUAAGAAAGCCGGAAACGACGACCGACGGGUCGGUGCUAGUGGUGAAGUGGGUCAAGAUAGCGAAUCCAAGGAAGAUGGCUAUUACCUCAAGAUUGCUUAAAUUCUGUUGCUUUUCUGUCGCUUUCCCUACUCCUCCAAAUCAAAACUAAAAGUGCGACAACGCACGUAUGGAAUCUGUGCUUCGGGAAACUGUCCUCAUCUAGAACUGCUGCAAGUCGUAGAAAAUCCGGAAUCUUGUGCGACGAUUUGUCGGAAGUUGUAUUAAGUUAAUUUAUGGAGAUACACAUUUUAUAACGUA